AUGGAGAUUCAGAAAGCUGUCGGACCGGACGAGGUGCCAAUUGAAGCGUGGAAAGCGCUGGGGACUCGCGGUGUGUGCAUUCUUACUAACCAUUAUAAUGGAAUCCUGAGCAAACGAAUAAAGCCCGAUCAGUGGCGGCUUAGUAUAAUAACGUCGGUCUACAAGGGUAGAGGGUCCGUUCACGAUUGCGGUAAUUACCGCGGCAUAAAGGUGACGUCACACACCAUGAAACCCUUCGAGCGCAUUAUUGACACCAGUAUCCGACAGGAGUGUACACUAUCGGACUCCCAGUACGGUUUCCAACCAGGUCGCGUUACCAUGGACCCUAUAUUCGCCCUAAGGAUCCCCAUGGAGAAGACCGCUGUUGGUGAUACCUCCUCCUUCCCCAUAACCUUAGGCGAGCAUCAGGGCUCCGUCUUAAGCCCCUAUCUCUUCAGUGUGAUAUUAGACGAACUGUCACCCUGCGUACAGAAACUACCGCAGCCUUGGCUGCUUAUGUACGCUGAUGAUAUCGCACUGGUAGAUGGGGACAAAGGACGGCUCACCAUACGCGUGCACGCAUGGAGGGAGGUGCUUGAGAACGGCGGGCUGAAGCUAAACGUGGCGAAGACAGAGUAUAUGACCUGCAACAGCACAGAUCUGACGUCUCUCCGUAUUGGCGACGACACUGUCGAGCGCACGGACAACUUCAGGUACCUCGGACCUGUGCUCGAUGCGUCCGGGGGACAUCGAUCGCGAUAUCAAGGCCCGUAUAUCAGCGGCCUGAGCGAAAUGGCGCGAGGUGAUGGGUGUCAUUUGUGA